AUACAGAACCUCCAUAGACUAGAUCUACUCUCUGCUUCCAUUUCUACAUUUUAAUCUCCCAUCUAAUCUUCAAUUCUUCCCCUUCUCAUUUUCUUCUCAAUUCGAUUUCGUCUAUUUUAUGGGAACCAUAUCCAAACCCAUGCCCACCGCAUCUAAUUAUUCUCUCUCCAACCUAUAAAUCUGUUUCCCCUUUUCAAUCUUGAUAGGAUCUUGAUCUCCUCAAAAAAAAAUGAGGGUGGCCAAGUCUCAGGUAUGGCAGCCAUGUAAGAAGAAGAGGUCUUUGAUCAAUAGCAAGUUUUAGAAGAAACAUACUGGAAACCAAGGGGGAUUAAGGAAAAUAAUUGAGGAAAAAACAAAACAAAAGGAUUUGGAGAGGAAGUGAUGGCGACUCGCAGUGGCUCAUCGAGCCGGACAUGUGUGGGGAAGUACGAGCUAGGGAGAACGCUGGGAGAAGGAACAUUCGCGAAGGUGAAAUUUGCGAGGCAUUUGGAGACCGGGGAGAAUGUGGCGAUUAAGAUUCUUGACAAAGAUAAAGUUUUGAAGCACAAGAUGAUUGAUCAGAUUAAGCGAGAAAUUUCAACAAUGAAACUCAUCGUACACCCAAAUGUCAUCCGCUUGUAUGAGGUGAUGGCUAGCAAGACGAAAAUUUACAUUGUUAUGGAACUCGUGACUGGUGGUGAACUUUUUGACAAGAUUGCAAGCAGAGGGAGGUUAAAGGAAGAUGAAGCUAGAAAGUAUUUUCAGCAGCUUAUUAAUGCUGUUGAUUACUGCCAUAGCAGAGGUGUUUACCAUCGAGACCUCAAGCCAGAGAAUUUGCUGCUGGAUGGUAAUGGAGUUCUUAAAGUUUCAGAUUUUGGUUUGAGUGCUUUACCUCAGCAAGUUCGAGCAGACGGGUUACUUCACACAACAUGUGGAACACCAAAUUAUGUUGCUCCAGAGGUGAUCGACAAUAAAGGCUAUGACGGAGCCAAGGCAGAUUUGUGGUCAUGUGGUGUGAUACUCUUUGUCUUAAUGUCUGGUUAUUUGCCUUUUGAGGACUCCAAUAUAGUUGCUCUGUAUAAAAAGAUAUCCAAGGCUGACUUCAGUUGUCCUCCAUGGUUCUCUUCAAAUGCCAAGAAAUUAAUCAAGAGAAUCCUGGACCCUAACCCACUGACAAGGAUAACAGCUGCCGAGCUUUAUCAGAAUGAAUGGUUUAAGAAAGGAUAUAUACUACCUAGGUUUGAGCAAGCUGACACUGCUCUUGUUGAUGUGGAUGCCAUUUUCAAUGAAUCAGGGGAUUCUCGAAACCUUGUUGUUGAACGGCGGGAAGAAGGGCCUGCAGUACCUGCAACUAUGAAUGCUUUUGAACUUAUUUCAACAUCACAGGGUCUCAACCUCGGUAGUUUGUUUGAAAAGCAAAUGGGUCUAGUUAAACGGGAAACAAGAUUCACUUCAAAACGGCCUGCUGAUGAGAUAAUCUCGAAAAUAGAAAAUGCUGCAAUGCCCUUGGGUUUUGAUGUGAAGAAAAAUAACCACAAGAUGAAGCUUCGUGGAGAAAAAACUGGACGUAAGGGUCAUUUGGCUGUUACAACUGAGGUUUUCCAGCUGGCUCCUUCACUUUGCAUGGUUGAACUUCGUAAAUCUGGAGGGGAUACCCUGGAAUUUCACAAGUUCUAUAAUAAUCUCUCGACUGGGCUGAAAGAUAUUAUUUGGAACACGACCAAUGAAGAAAAAUCGGACGAAAAGAACGGGGAAACGGCAGCGGCUGGCCCCUCAACUCCUUGCCGAUGACCCGUGCUUCCCAUUGGCCUGCUAUUCAAGUGAUUAUGCUUCCCAUUGGCCUGCUAUUCAAGUGUGAUUAUUUAUGUUGGAUUUUUUAUGCUUGUAAUAAAACAGUGUGUAUCCAAUACGUAUUACCCAGAAAAAACCAACAUGAUAUUAAUAUUUAUAUAAUAUAAACAAUUAUCACC